AUGGUUUCAGCUUUGAAACAAUUAAAGCCUGAGUUAAAUGAUGAUGCUAGCUGUUUAGAAACCAACCCUGAAGAAUGGAUGCCUAUGCUGAACUUAAUCAAGACUAAAAAGAGCAAGAAAACAGAAGACACUAAGUCUGAAAUGUCAUCAACAACUGCUACCAGUACCACCUUUUCUGGCUUAAAAAGAGACUUCAGCCAUAUCAAGAUUGAAGAAUUCCAAACUGACUUCUAUCGUUCUUCUGACCAAUGGCUCGUGGGAGAUAAGAACAUCCUUGGUGAUUUCAAGAAAUUCCAGGAUGAGUCUUUAGAAAUGACCAAAAGAUGCAAGGGUACUAUGCUACUCAAGAACGAUAUUGCCGUGUUGUUGUCGCUUUCUGGAAUCUUGAUUCUUAGCAAAGAUAUUCAGCAUCCUGUGCUUAAUAACUGCUUCAACACAAUCAAAUAUUCUACUCUUGUAGAUUUGUGCUGCCAAGAGUUCUUGUAUCACUUGCCUCUCUUCCCUUUGCAGUCUUAUGUCGCAUAUUCAGCUGUUGUGCAAAAGUUACUAAACGAUGGCUAUGACUACCGCGAAGAAUUUCAAGAAGAAAUGAUGAUGAUGAAGAAGAAGGAGGGUGGACCUCAAAAAAAAAUCCUUGAUGCUCUCAUUCAUAUUGCUCCUGAGGUAGUGAAGCCCUUGAAGAAGAAAGUUAGUGAGCUAGAUCUGUGUGCAUCCUUCGUGCAACCCUUUGUCGGCCGCCUGUUACAAGAAAAGAACAACGAUCCUCAUCAGUCUGAUCGUGUUGUUGAUGAGCUGGAAGAGAUAGAUGAAAAGUGCCGUCCAGAUAUCAAAUGCUUAGUCUAUGAAGGUGAAAACUACAUCUUCACCAAUGCUUAUGGUGAGGUGAAGCCAUCAAAUAUAUAUGAUAAGCACCUCUUGAACUUUGAUCUCUACAAGCUUGCACUAUAUGGAAAAGAGAUGUUACAGAAGAGCAAUGCCAAGAACAUCCUUUGCUUCCAGAUCUGGGGUGGUGCUGGAAAAGCCUACAUAAUGAAGUUAGCAUGCAACAAUGUAUGUACAAUCACUCACUUUUGCGACUUCCGAAUUCCAGUAAAACUCAAGGACAUGGACAUGUCAUUAAAUGAUAUGAACAACCUCAUGAGAUUUGUCUAUGUGUACAAAAAGUAUUGCUUUGAAAAGCAAAGUUCAACAGAAAAAUUCUUGAUGCUACCUUCCCUCUCACUCCCAUUAGCAACGUUGUUUGAUAUUAUCUCUUCUGAAGCCAGCAAUAAGAAAAGAAAGUUCAAUGAAUAA